CUACGGCGAGUCGGAGGUAAUAAGAUGGCGGCCGCCGAAGAAGAAUGUGGUGUUGGGGCCGACGCGGACCAAGAAUUGGAAGAGCUUUUGGAAAGUGCCCUUGAUGAUUUCGAUAAGGCCAAACCCUCCCCAGCACCCCCUACCACCAUGGCCCCUGAUGCUUCGGGGCCCCAGAAGAGAUCGCCAGGAGACACUGCCAAAGAUGCCCUCUUCGCCUCCCAAGAGAAGUUUUUCCAGGAACUGUUUGACAGUGAACUGGCUUCCCAAGCCACUGCAGAGUUUGAGAAGGCAAUGAAGGAGUUGGCUGAGGAAGAGCCCCACCUGGUGGAACAGUUCCAAAAGCUCUCAGAAGCUGCUGGGAGAGUGGGCAGUGAUGUGACCUCCCAACAAGAAUUCACUUCUUGCCUAAAGGAAACACUAAGUGGAUUGGCCAAAAAUGCCACUGACCUUCAGAACUCAGGCAUGUCAGAGGAGGAGCUGACCAAGGCCAUGGAGGGACUGGGCAUGGAUGAAGGGGAUGGGGAAGGCAACAUCCUCCCCAUCAUGCAGAGUAUCAUGCAGAACCUACUAUCCAGGGAUGUGUUGUACCCAUCCCUGAAGGAAAUCACAGAAAAGUAUCCAGAAUGGUUGCAGAGUCAUCGGGAAUCUCUACCUCCAGAACAGUUUGAAAAAUAUCAGGAACAACACAGUGUCAUGGUCAAGAUAUGUGAGCAGUUUGAGGCAGAAACCCCCACAGACAGUGAAGCCACUCAAAAGGCUCGUUUUGAGAUGGUGCUGGAUCUUAUGCAGCAGCUGCAGGACUUGGGUCAUCCCCCAAAAGAGCUGGCUGGGGAAAUGCCUCCUGGCCUCAACUUUGACCUGGAUGCCCUCAAUCUAUCGGGCCCACCAGGUGCCAGUGGCGAACAGUGUCUGAUCAUGUGAAACACUACACGUUUUCCUUCCUGAUUCCCAGCCAUGGGGAACAUCUGGAAUCAGCAGAACCACUGGGAGCUGAGGCAGGAGUGUCGUCUGCGCAAGCGAUCUGCCCACUGCCUUCUGCCAUGCCACCCAAGACUGUGCCAUACCAGCUGAGGCUUUCUCUCUCUUUGAGGAAUAGGGUCCAUGCUAUAGGCCAUUGUUUUGAGCCCUACUCCAUUGCAGUUGCUGCUGCUAGCAAAAGCCCAGCUACCUGCCCUGUGAAGGAAGGCAUUCCUUUUAGGGCGGGCAUCUUCUUCCCCACUCCAAAAAUAAUGUUAUAUAUGGCCACACUGAUACUCACCUUUACACCCAGGGUCUUCGUGUCCUGUCUCUAUUCCCUCUCAUGGACCUGGGGAAUGGGAACAGAGUCCUGGGAUUCUAUUCCUACAAUUCUCUUGGGCAGGGCCUUUGGGAAUAGAGAGGAACUGAGCCUGGACUGGGGCAAUACGUCUGUCACCAUGCCCUCUUACCUUCAGACAGAGUGUUCUGAAUUCUCUGAGGGGAAAGGAAAUGAGGACCUUUGCAUCUAAUCACAGUAGGAUUUGGAAGAGAAGCCCUUGGAUUUUCCUCUCUCCAAGUAAUGAGCCCACAACUCCCCACCCCAACCUGACAACUCAAGUUGCUGCUCAGGUUCUUUCUACAGUGCUAUGUGAUCUAGGUGAACCCAGCCACUGACCUUCCUUUGCCUUUCCUCUCAACUCCUUUCUUUUUUAAAUACCUGUUUGCUCCAACCCUUCUGCAAGCCCAAGCUGUGACAAACGAGGGCCCAUCCUGUUUCUCCUCAUCUGGUCCAGCCAUCAUUCUCACUGGCCCCCUCUCUUCCUGGCAAAUGCAUAUAAUUGUAUUGUCAGGUCUGGGGAAUGAAUGACCUUUCUUCCCCCAGAUAUAUUUUGCUUAUUUGAGACAUCUAAUUUUCUUAGAAUCCUGUCCCUUGAUUCAGGGAGGUGGAUUGGGAAAGGGGAAGGGGUGCAAUUUGGGACCGUUUUCCUGCAGGCCCCAUGGGGCACUGUCUAAUAAAUAUUCUGAGUGAGGAGUGUGGCCUGUUUUUCAUUCAGGUCUUUUUCUAACAUUCCUCAGCUUCUGUAAAGUACAGAGUGAGGAAUGUUAGAAGACUAAUUCUGGGCUCCCAGUGGCUUAUGGUGGAAAAACCUCCCUCUGUCCCUCCACCCUUCAGUUCCCCUGCCCCAUUCUCCAGUUCAGUUUGCAUCUCAGUUGGAGACUCAAUAGCCAUCUUUCCUCAUAUCCUCUUGAGUAUUUACCUCUGGGAAACCCUUCAGAUGGUAUUGUAUUGUAACAUUUCACAUUGUUAUUAUUAAUGUUAGUGAUAUAUUGUUAACAUGUUUUCUAAACGAUUUUUGAGCUGACUCUGCCCUUUUCUCUGGGAGCCAGUGGGUUCAUAAACCUUGGCUACCAUAUGUUGGUGGAUCCUUGGGUCAGACCAGCUGGCUUUCCUGGUUCAACACUCAGAAAAUAACUGUUGCCAGAGCAAAUUCACAUUCAUCAUCUGAGUCACUUUAAGCUCCUGACGUGUCAUUUUCCCCUGGGUUAAGACUUUUUAUUCCUUGAAAUCCCACACCUUCUAUGGGGCCAGCAAGGAAGGAAAUGCUCUUGAGGCCUCAAGCUGUUUGGGAUGGUCCAGUUACUAUACCUUAUCAGGGUAUGGAAGAGCCUAGGACUGAAUCUGACACUUCUCCACUGUGCAAGAGAUGGGAAAAAAUACUAGGAGACUUGUGAUGAUAGUCACAGAUCCUGAAUAGCUAAAAUUCUUUCCUUAUAGCUUCUGCUAAACACUCGACUAGGAUAGAGAGAAAGAAAAACAAAAGGGCCCUGCCCCUAGAACCUUUUGCCCACUGUCGUGCCAGUUUUCUUUUUCAAAUUCUUACUUCUGCUGUUUGACCCACAGCUCACUCCAGAAGUCUAAAUAGAUGCCCUGGUUUAUUUUAGCUUUGUUCCCAAGUCACUUGUUUUUGUUUUUAUUUUGAUUGAACAUGGGCAAGUUGACCUCAGGUGACAUUCUGUUCUAAAAAUACUAUUUGAAUUAUUUUAAGACGUGGAGGGGUGGAGCUUAGCACUCUAGGGUAGUCCUUUUCAAACUGUGUGGGUAAAAGAACACUUUUGCUUUUUGUUUUUAAAAUAUCCAGUUCUUCAUGUACCAACACGUGUUUCUAUUGCCUGUGACUAGUGUUCUGCUCAUACUGUAUGCUACCCACCAUACAAUUUGGAAAGCACCCGAACUGGCCAGACCUUGUUCAGCAAGAUAAGUCCACUAGUCAUGUACCUGGGUGUCACAGCAAUGUCAAAAUGCUAAAAAGUAUCUAAACACUGAAUUUCUUACUCAUCCUGUCACAGCUGGUACAAACCUGGUCACUGACCGGUACAAGUCUGCGAACCACCUUUGAGUUGCACUGCUCUGGGGCUCUCAAUCUCUCCAGAGCUCCUAGCCACACUUACAUAUUUUUUAUACUUGGAUUUCUCUUUUGUAUGAAGGUUGCCUCUAGAGACUUUUUCUUUAGCAAGACUACGUCAGUACAAGAACAUGGCUAGCAUUUUUCUAGCCUGCCUUUUCUUCUACUUAAAAAAAAAAAAAAAAAAAAAAACCCAUUACAGAGCUUAGGUUUGAGUUGUAUGUGAAAUAUUUAUGCUGUUCUCAAACUCCCAAAAUUCUGGAUGUUAGAAAACACAUUUGUGAUCAUAUGGAUGAUUUCAUGAGUUUAGAAAAGAAUUCUUACAGAAUUUGUGAUAAUGGGCAUUUUCCUGUGACUCAGGAUUUAACAUCCUGGCAAUGGCUCCAGGAGAUGGCUCGAGUAUGCUGUUGAGAUGGCCUUUGGAAACUUGGGAAAAACGAUGGCUCACAUUAAAUGAAAUAGAAAUGACAGACUGUAGGGGAAAGGAUCAAGAGGCUCAGAGAAAGUGAGCAUGCAAGAAUGAAUCUGUUUUAUAAAACUGGAAAACACCAGCUGACUGAGUUCUUCAGGAAGGCCUGGAGAAAACUUUUUUCUGAAGGCAGUGAAAAAUAUACUGAUGAAGGGGUAACCAUCAUCUUUGAGAAGUUUAGAAGUGGGACUGGUGGAAGGAGAUGUCUACCUAGUAUCACUGGGAAUGAUAGGAUCCUGGCAUGGUAGAGGUAAAGAUGGUAACACUUAACUCUCAGGCACGAGAUGGGGUGAAUUUCCUUAAUGGGUAAUAAGGACAAAGUGGAGAUAGUUAAUAGAAUGAGUUUCAUAGGGGCAAGGUAGAUGGGCAGUUGGUAAGGGUAUUGAUUUAUAUAUAAUUAAGAGAGAUCAAGUGUGAUUAAGCAGAAGGCUAAGGUUCAGUAACUUCAGUGGAAAGUCAGAAUUCCUUGCCCAGAUUCCAAGACUGAGAUGGUUCUUAACCUAUCAAUUGAAAGACCAAUUCCCCGUGAGGAAGGACCCUACAACACUAUGGCAAGUAUGUAGAGUAGUGACUCCUCUGUCCUUCCCCAAGGAACGUAUAGUCAUUUAUUUGAUUAAUCAUACACUGGGGAAAGAGGAAUAACCAGAUAUUUUGAGAACUGUUGAAUACAGGGCCUGAGUUGACACUGAUACCGAGGGACCCAAAGACCAUCAUGACUCUUCUUCCCUCUCUCAUCCCACCCCUAUUACAGGAGAUUAUGGGGUGGCAGGUGGUCAGGUAAUAGAGUUCUGGCCCAAAUCUGUCUCACAGUGGGCUCCAAAAACCCACUUUAUGGUCAUUUCCCUAGUAUCCAAAUGUAAUCAGAAAGAACAUAUUUGACAGUUGCCAGAAAGUCCAAGUAGAAGCCCCUGAAACUGUACCCUCACCUCUGCCAAGAUAGUAAAUAAAAAACACUGUUGCAUUCUGGGGAAUUUGGCAGAGAUUUAGUGUCACCCUCAGAGACUUAAAGGAUGCAGGAGUGGUGGUCUCCAUCAUGUCCUCAUUUUGUUCACCUCUGGGGUCCCUGCAAAAAUUAGGAGGCUUCUGGUGGGUAAAAUGGACUACUGCAAACUUAGGCAGGUAGUAGUUGCAAUUACAGUCUGUGCCAGAUGUGGUUUCUUUACUGGGUAGAGAACACAGUCUCUGGUAUAGGUGUGUGGCUAACAAGGCUAACCGGGGCUCAGCAAACUACAGCCCAUAGGUCAAAUCCUGCAUAUUGCCUAUUUUUAUAAAUAAAGUUUUAUUGGCACACAA